AUGAGCAGCCAAGUCAAGACCAUCGUCCGUGUCCUGCGUUCCGCAGGCUCCAUCACCCUCGGCAACGGCAACCUCGUCCUCCUGAGCAUCGAGGCAGGCCGUCUUGUCGAGAAGAUCUACGAUGGAGAUGACCUUAAGGACCAGCGCUUGAUUACCGAUAGCGUCAAAGACGGUUCCUCGGCUGUGUAUGCCGCAUCGGAGAAGAACGUUUUCGUUCUGUACGUAGACCAGGAUAACAAGAUCAAGGCCAGCGAAUUCGACUCCGACUCUGAGGAGUGGGAUGAUGCCGAUCUCGGUGACCUCGCCGUGACUGUGCACCCCGACAGCCACCUUGCCAUCGCACACAUCCACGGCGCAAGUCUGGUCUUCUACCAGGGAGCUGGCGGAGUCAUCAAGAGCAUCAAUCACGACCAAGAGGGUAACCAGUGGACUGAGGGUUUCCCAGUUCCCGGUUCCGCCGCUGCCGGCACGCCCAUCUCGGCCUAUUCGACUGAAAAGGCUCUGGCUGUGAGCUUUAUCGACCAAGACAAGAGCGUGCAUGUCCACAGCCGGGACUUUGAGUCCGGAGAGCGGAGUGAAUCCACCCUGCCGGGCACCUGGGACGACUCCGUGACCAGCAUCAUCGUCUCCCAGGAUGUCGAGACCGGUACCUUCGAAGCCUUUGCCCUGGUAGGCACCACCGUCGACCACAUCAAGAAGGACGGCACUCGCGCCGCCCUGGGCUCCAUCCAGAAUGGUGAUUUUGUCCCUGCCACCAAGGCCGAGGCGGGGGAUGUAUACGGUAAUGACUACGGCAUCAUCCAGAACUACUGA